UAUCUAUGGUCAAUGCUCAGGCCUCGGUGCAUUUUUCUGGUUUAACUGGAGUAAACGAUAAAAAGCUAAUUUUUUUCAGUACUUUUUGUUAGUCUGCUGGUAUAACGAAAACAGCUGUGAUUAGAUUACUAGCAAUUAGCAAAAGUACUGGGACUAAACUUGAGUUAUUAGUUAUACGAAUCAUGCUGACAGACCUUGUUAGUCGUGCACUGAUGGUCGAUGUCUAAUUUCACAAUUUCUUUUUGAUUAAUUGGAAGCAUUUAUUAUUUAACUAUACUAUUUUUCGCACACCCUGUUCCUAUUUUGACGUUUUGCAGUGUACAAUAUCCGUAAUUAUUUAUUUAUAAAAUGGCUGAUUUAAAGUCUCUUGAACAUCCAACAUUAAAGGUUCCAUACGAGGUUCUCAAUAAGAAAUUUCGUUCAACACAAAAAACGCUUGAUAGAGAGGUUUCGCAUUUUCAAAAUGCUGUUCAAGAGUUUGAGCGUGACAUAUCAUCAGACGUUACAAUGGCUGAUACUACACACAUCACUUCUUUGUUAAGCGGAAUGGUAGAAAAACUCAAAGUCCUGAAAAGAAAGGCUGAUGAAGGUAUAAAUGAUGAAUUACAAGCUGGUAUGGUUUGUAAGAAACGCCUUGAACAUUUGAAAGAACAUAGUUCACCUUGCGAAGCUAUAGUACAAAAUUGGCGUCGUCGUCGCUUGGAUCGUAUGUUAGUAGAAUACUUCUUACGAUGUGGAUACUAUAAUUCAGCAAAAAAAUUAGCCAACUUUUCCGAUCUAAACGAUCUAACAAAUAUAGAUUUGUUUAUGGUAUCGAGAGAAGUUGAGCUAUCACUAGCUAAUCAUGAAACGGCAAAAUGCUUAGCUUGGUGUCACGAUAAUCGCUCAAAAUUACGCAAACUACAUUCCACUAUGGAAUUUAAUUUGCGCAUUCAAGAGUUCAUCGAAUUGGUUCGUCAAGAUAAACGCCUUGAUGCUGUAAAACAUGCCAGAAAGUAUAUAUCAACAUUUGAAGAUACACGUAUGGAUGAAGUACAACAGUGUAUGGUACUAUUAGUCUUUCCUACUGAUACAGAAAUAUCACCAUAUAAAGAAAUGUUUGAAGAAACUCGUUGGAAUCGUUUGAUCGAACAAUUUCGCCAAGAAAACUAUAAUCUGUAUCAGUUGUCUUCUCAGUCAGUGUUCACGGUUGCUUUGCAAGCCGGACUAUCUGCUCUCAAAACUCCUCAGUGUUAUAGCGAACAAAAAGAAGCUCGAAAUUCCAGUUGUCCCGUCUGUCAAGAAUGGUUUAAUACUUUGGCUAAACCUUUACCAUUUGCGCAUUGUAGUCAGUCUCGUUUGUUUUGUUCAAUUUCGGGACUACCUUUAAACGAACACAAUAUACCUAUGGUAUUACCAAAUGGAUAUGUUUACGGAGAGCAGGCUUUGGUGGAGAUGGCCAACCAAAAUAAUGGACAGAUAAUAUGCCCGAAAACUAAAGAUUUGUUUUGGCUAAAACAAGCAGAAAAAGUAUAUGUAAUGUAAUAGAAAAACAUUAAAUUAUGACGAUGGAUGUGCCAUAUAAAACUGAUUUUAUUUAUUAUAAUAACUUUAGUUAUAAAAUGGCCACAUUAUAUAAAAGAUUAUUAAAAAUUAUAUUAUACAUUUUUAUUUUUUUUAUUAAGUUGCAUUAAAUAUAACAAUUAAUUUAUAUAACUAUGCUUUUAGAUAUUUUUUAGUAUGUAGUUUUCGACUGUUAAU